UUACUCAAUGACGCCACAAAUCGACACCAAUUGGUUAGCUAAUAAUAAUUGUAAUAGGUCAAAAUUAGAUGAUUCGGACGAUAUCCGAUUUGUCAUUGUUCUUACUAUAGAAACUUCAAUGUUAGUAGCAGCAGCCAUCACAACGAAUCAGGCUUUGCCUGUUCUAUAUUCGAACGAUUUUGCAGAUGAGAAAAACUUAGGGUGGAUGAAUCCUUUGGGUACAAAGUUAUAUAUGCUCAAAAUUGGCUUGGUACUGUCUGCUUGUCGGACAGUGACUUGCAUGGGAGUUGUUAAACGUCUCGCUUAUACAUGA